GAACGAAAGAAAUUUGUUCCUCCUCUGGAUGGAUAGAUAGAUAGAUAGAAAGAAAGAUGGAGGACCUCAUAGCUCAACUAAGAAGGAAGGCCGAGCACAAGGUUAAAGUUUAGACAUGGACUCUAUGCCCAUGCCUCCUCCAGCCAUGAAUGGCAACACCAGCAUGAACAACUCAACUGGUGAUUCUCCAAACAUGUCGACCACGAUGAUGAAUAUGCAGAUGACCUUCUACUGGGGGAAAGAGGUUGUGAUUCUAUUUCCAGGGUGGCCUAAAGAGAGCCUUGCCCUAUACAUAUUAGCCUUCUUCUUCAUCUUCCUGCUGGCCUUCGCUGUCGAGUUCUUGAGCCACACGCCGCCAAACAAGCUCGGUAAGAGCCCCGUUGCUAUCGCUUCCUUACAGGCGUUCAUCUAUGCUUUCAGGACAGGGUUGGCUUAUCUAGUCAUGUUGGCUGUUAUGUCUUUCAAUAUUGGGAUCUUUAUAGCGGCUGUGGCAGGCCACACUCUCGGAUUUUUUGUGGUCAAACUUCGUGUUCUUACUGUUGCAAAGAGGACUGAUUCUAAUGAAGUUUGAUUGCAGGUUGAGCUCUUCUUCUUCUUCUUCUUCUUCUUCUUCUUCUUCUUCUUCUUCUUCUUUUUUUGUUUUUAAUCUUUUGGUUAUUUUAGAACUGCUUGUUCUUCUUUUCCUUGAUGGUGAUUGUAAUGAAAAAGCUUUUUUAGUACCAAUAUCUUCGCCGGAGAAGAUGGGGUUUUGUUCAGUGUUUGGUUUCCUUACGUGUGUGUAAGUUUGUAAAUGAAGGCAGUGGGAAUCAUUUGGUGUAUUA